ACUAAAUGUCCACCGCGUUUAGAAGUCUAAUGUGUUCUUGACACGAAACAUAAUAAUAAUAAGUGGUAUUUUGGAAAUGGAACCCCGUGUGAAUUACCCCUUAUGAUAGUGGUGUGAACAAUCAAAAAACAUAAAGGUGCACUGAACAAGGCGAACAUUUAAGAGAGAACAACGUGCCUUAUAACCAUCUUCCACGCUUAGAAUAUAUUUACCUGUUGAUACUGAUUUAUUUCUGUCCAUUGAAAUUUCAAGUCCAAAGUGAAGCGUCCAUUCACCAAACUUAGGUCCCAUUAUCUGUCCAAAGAAUAGCCUAAUUUAGCAUAUUAUACAAUUGUUGACAACAAUUAAUUGCAAAGUGAAAUGAAAAUAGUAUGAUAUUGGAAGAAUUAUUGCAUUAGAAGGCAAGUGCAGUAGUGUGGAUGGUGUUGCAAGCAGAAUGUCUGUGUGGGUGGGAAGUGGCGCAGGCGGCGACAUGCGCGCGCCGCCCGCCGCCACUAUCCUCUCGACCAACACCUCCAUGGAGUCCGGGAUUGAGGCCGGAGUGCUGCCGACAGUCACGGGGUCCCUCGCCUCGGCUAGAGACUCCCUCGGAUCCAUAUCCCGGGCAGCAGAACCACUCUACGACACAGAUCAUACGGACCUUGGCUCGGAAUUGGACGAGGCGGAAAUACGGCGGGAGUUGAUGCACGAUAAAUGGCGCCUGCUGUUUGAUAGAUUCGACCCAGAAGGUUUUGGAGAGAUCCCGUGGCCUGAUUUCUUACAAACUCUUCAACAUCCCGACUUUAUAGCACAGGUGCCGCCCCACAAACGUGAAAUCCUCCUGGACAAAGCACAGAGCGCAACAAGCAACGCGAUUACGUUUCAAGAGUUCGUCAAUGUGAUGAGCGGCAAGCGCACACGCAGCUAUAGAUGCGCAGUACACCACCGCGACCGUGAGGUCAGUUCCGAGAACGACUUCCAUCUGCUCCUAGAGGAUCCCACGUUAUUCGCCAGAAUGGUGCACCUAGUAGCAAUGGAGAUGCUCCCGGAGGAGCGGGAUCGCAAGUACUACCAGGAACGGUAUACUUGUUGCCCUCCGCCCUUCUUCAUCAUCUGUGUCACGCUGUUAGAGCUGGGCGUAUUUGCGUGGUACGCGUGGGGCUCGGGCGGCGUGGCGGCGGCGGCCGGGCCAGUACCGGUGGACUCGCCGCUCGUAUACCGCUCCGACCGGCGCCGCGAGCUCUGGCGGUUCCUCACCUAUAGCGUCGUGCACGCUGGCUGGCUGCACCUCGCUUUCAAUCUCCUCGUCCAACUUGCGGUGGGGCUGCCGUUAGAGAUGGUGCACGGCGCGGCGCGGUGCGCGGCGGUGUACCUGGCGGGCGUGCUGGGCGGCUCGCUGGCGGCGUCCGUGCUGGACCCCGACGUGUGCCUGGCCGGCGCCUCGGGCGGCGUCUACGCGCUGCUGGCCGCGCACCUCGCCAACGCGCUGCUCAACUUCCACACCAUGCGCUACGGCGCCGUGAGGCUCGUCGCCGCGCUCGCCGUCGCGUCCUGCGACGUGGGCUUCGCCGUCCACGCUAGAUAUACUAAGGAAGCGCCGCCGGUGUCGUACGCGGCGCACGUGGCGGGCGCGCUGGCGGGGCUGACGAUCGGUCUGCUGGUGCUGAAGCACGCGCAGGCGCGGCUGUGGGAGCGCCUGCUCUGGUGGGCGGCGCUGGGCGCGUGGGCGGCCUGCACUCUGUUCGCGGUGCUGUACAACGUGUUCAGCGCGCCCGUGGACGAGCUGCACUACCUGCCGCCGGACCCGCCGCCCGACCCCGGCUUCUGACGCAGCUCUCCUCUGACCGACCGCAGGCUUUGACUCCGACGCCGACCCACAUCUGAUCCAUUUAUACUUCUGUCCUACUUCCGAGGUCGAAGCCUAAGCCUCAGUUCGCGGCCAGUGCGGUCCACUCACAACGCGCCUAGUCAAUUUACCUUAGUGUGAUUUGCUAUAAGUAGUAUUAUAUUCGAGGAGGUCCCGGUGCCUGAAUGUCAGUAUCUAUACGUUUCGUAUUGUGCUUAUCGAGUCAUUUCUAUGUUCUGUUGAGAUUAUUUUGUCCAUUUUCGUAAUUUCGUUUUACAAUGGCCUCCUCGUGAUACUUAAUUGUUAAGUAGUCUUAAUUGUAUUGAAUAGGUGAACUAUUUUUGUACCUACUAUCAGCGUCCGUAGUGUAUAGAAGAAGGCGUUACCGCGACACAACAAUUUAAUGUUCCCGAGAGGGCUGAUCGACUUUACUAAAUGCAGUACCACGUAAUUUAUUCACAAUCACAGUAGUUGUAUGAGCCACGCUACAUUUAGUAAAGCCAUUCAGCGUAGUUAUGCCCAACACACCAAAGAUUAGGAUAAACAGCGUCCAUGCUAGAGUAGUGGAAGGUUCCUUACUCUCUCCUUGUUUCAAAUUUGAUUAAAUAUGAAUACACAGAUUUUAUUAAAUUGCUCACUGUUAAACAAAUACUAUAAGUAUGCCUCAGUAACAGAUUCUAACGUGAAUAAUUAUUGUUAUUUAAGUAUUUGUGUAAAUUGCUCAAUUGCAAUGAUUAUUUUAAUCAGAAAUGAUUAUAUGCUCAAAAGUGAGUUGUUUUUUUUAUUUUAUUGGAUCAAUUAUUUGCUGGUAUAUUAUCGUAAUAAUAUUGUUUAUUGUGAUUUCGUCCAGUUGCAUUCGUCACUCGCAUUCGUCCUGUUCUCUAAUUACGAUCCAACGAUAAACUAGUUUCUC